CUCACGCGCUUCCCUCAGUUCAGACUGCCGGUCCCUGCAUGGCAACAGGAGCAAGGGAUUCCCCCCCUGCCCCGUCGCCCCAGUCUAUCUUCCCGUUUAGCAUCGUUUCAGCUUUAAAAAUGCAGCAGCCCGGCAGCUUUUAACCCGUUCGCGGUGGCAUGUCCUGGAACCAAAGUGUAAUGCGCGACGCGGAGCAGAAACUUUAAAAUCCGGGGGAUAUUCAAAGCAGUGCAGCCGCAUCCUCAGAAGAAUCUUUUCAAACGGGACUCCGCAUAUAUAUACAUUUAUAUAUAUGUGUGUGUGUAUAUAAACUCUAAGCGAUGAGGCAGCCUCCAAAUGACGUCGAGAUGGCAUUAGGUGGAACCCUUCUGCCCUCCAUAUCCACCUUUGCCAGCGGCCCCACUAUCAAGAGUAAAUCUAUAGGAAACGCCAAUUUAAGAUGGAAGGAGGAGUUGUCCCAUCUUAAGAGAUCCAGCGUGCCAGACGAAAGCAGCUGCCCCGACCCAGACCAUCCCACUGCCACCAGCAUGUCCAAGAAAGACACAGAGCUGGACCUGGACUUAGACUAUGACUUUAUUUUGUCCAACUCUAUUCUGCAGCAGCAACAACAGCAGCAGCAACAGCAGGAGGAUGCCAUGGCAUGCACCUCUGCCCAGGGACUGUCUCCUUCCCCUGGGUCUUUCACCUCAUCUUACCCUCUCCCUUCCCCUCAGGGAACUGCCAGCGAGCUGCUCUACACCAUUCCAGACAUCAAUGAUGUUUCGCCCUCUGGAGGCUUCGUGGCCGAGCUCAUGAGACCCGAGCUGGAUCCGGCUUACCUCCAACCCACGAGCCUCCAUGGGAAGUUUGUAGUCAAGACAACAAUGGACAUGGGAGAUUACAACCAAGGCAUGAAUGUUAGCAAGGCCUGUGUUAACGCUGUGUCAGACCCGACUCCCUCACGUGCCUCGACGACCUUCGUGUGCCACAGGAUAAAGCAGGAAAACCCCAGUAAUUGCACCAUCUCACAACCCAUGGACCUACACCUGGCUGGAGUAAACUCCCAUGGACGAGGAAGCCAGCAGCAGCAGCGUCCCAGCCACUUGGAUCUUGGGUUCCAUGGCAGAGGGCGCUCCAUGACAAACAGCAGGUUAUCCUCAUCCUCUUCCCUCUCCCCGGACCACCCCUUGAGCCGGGAACACCAGGUGUUGGGCCAUUCCCACUCUCAGAUCCCUCUUCCUCCCCAGGGAUACCACCAUAGUUCGCCACCGGGAUACACGUCCUACGCCCAGACAUCAUCCAUGCAGUACCAAGAACCCCUCAUGAUAUCUACUGGUGACUGCAUGCCGGAGGAGCCAAAGCCUAAACGUGGUCGACGGUCCUGGCCGAGGAAGAGAGUGGCGACACACACGUGUGACUUUGUCGGCUGCGGGAAGACAUACACAAAGAGCUCGCACCUUAAAGCGCACCACCGCACACACACAGGGGAGAAGCCUUACCACUGCGACUGGGAGGGCUGUGGCUGGAAGUUUGCGCGUUCGGAUGAGCUCACCCGCCACUACAGGAAACACACAGGCCACCGGCCGUUCCAGUGCCAGAAAUGCGACCGGGCGUUUUCAAGGUCAGAUCACCUAGCUCUCCACAUGAAGAGACACUUAUGAGACUUGGAUGGUCGGUGGAUGAAGGCUCCAGUGGGCGGGGAAGGGGACAUAUAUGUACGUUAGCAGAACCCUGAACAAACCUGUGACCUACAGUUUUUUUUUCUUUUAAACCACGAUUUGCCUUCAAACUGGCGUCAAGCAACAAGACAAGCUGUGGUGUUCAUGGCAAGAAAAAACAAAAAUGAAAGAGCGCUGGAUCUUUAAGAGCCAAGAAUUUCUCUCAAGACUGAUCCCGUGCUCGCACGUUGUGCAGGUGACUCGACAAGACCUCUCAGCCAGGGUUGUAAACUUUUUUAUGAAAGGGACCAAACUGGAAUUUGUGUUAUUUAACCGACAAAACUUGGAGGACCAGGUGCCAACUGUUUUUUUGGGGGUUUUUUCGAACUGGAAGUGUAUUUUUGUCAGGGAAACCAGGAGCAACAGAAAAAACAUCUCCAGAGGCCUUCUACCAGCAACAUGUCUUCAUAGGCCCUGUAAACGACACACUGUACAAUUAAAUACAUAUAUAUUUAUAUACACAUUUCACCUGCAAUGCCAUUGAUUUCAGGUACAAUGUUAAUUUAUACAGAAUGGUGCUCAGUGACUCUGAAGGGUUUUUUUGUAAUAAAAGGUACCAAAGAUUAUACAAAAAGGGUGAAAUGAAAAAGUGCCAUAUGGUUUUUGUGUUUCUUGGAAACCUCUCUUCCGCAAUCUGACUUAAAUCAGGUAAACACUUCAUUUUUUUUUUAAAGGUGAUGGCAAUCUUCAAUGCACUGCAGCUGCAAAGUGCAAUAAUUUAUAUGAGACGCUUGUAUUUUUGUAUUGAAUGAAUAACUCUGAACAAAUCUUUGUUUGUUUAUAGCCAAAAUAUGUAAUAUAAUCUUGAACUUUGUACAUUUGUAAAUAAUAAUUCUUUGUUAUUGUUUUGUAUUUUACAUUAUAAUAAAAUGUAUUUGGUAUAAGAAGAAAAAUCUUUAUGACCUUUAUGCCAUUUCAUUGACAACCUUUGAUAUCUAAAGACAUGAACAGUUGGCAGGAUAAAAGACAUUAGUCCUAUAAAAAAAAAGUUUUACAGUAGGUUGAAGAUUACCGCACUGACCUCUGUGGUAAUGGUGAGAUCACUCCAGGCGACCUAACACAAUGUUGCCGUUAAAAAAGGUUUUCAAAAGAAAAUUCACUCCUACAAUGUCGCACUUCCAUGGAGUUCUCUUUCCACCUGUCAGGUGGAUGAAUUGGGAGGACAACUGAGUUGGUGGCUGACAUUCAAGGGUGACACCAAAACUGGCACUGAUGUGCACAAUAGGAGUACAAGCACUCAGAUAUGCUGCGGUGAGAUAGAUGACCUGAGACUUACAGCACUGAAAAGAGCUCAGUAGAAAGGUGAUGUUGCUGAGCCGUUAAGGCUCUAUACCUAUACUGUGCAGGCCUCACAGUGUGACCUCGUAGAGAGAUUUGGACUAUAAUAACUGUACUUAUUUUUAUGUAUGUCAAAUAAGUUUAAAAUACAGAUGGUGAUCAUUUUUAGAUAUUUAAAUAGCCCUUCAUUUUGACAGGGGAUGUCAAAAUGUAUUAAAUCUACCACUGUAUCUAACACUGGGUUUGCAACAGCUGUGUUAUUUAUCACUAAGUAUUUGGAUUUGUAGCGUGUUGACAUUAUAGUACCUUGCAAAGAAUUUUAUUAAAUCUAUCAAGAAAGAAAAAAGUAAUUUACAUCCUGAUAAGAAAGAAAAGGGUAAAAACACAAGAACCCAUGUAUGAGUAUUACUUGUGUAUUUAGAUGUUGACACAUUUGCUGUAUAGUUACAUUUAUUAAAGUGGCACUUGGCAGGUGGGUGAAGCCUGAGAUCAGAUGUUGUGGUGAAGCAACGAUAAUAACAAAAACCCAUAGAGACUCACCUUAAAUUAAAUCCUGAGCGAAUUUGUACUGUGGCCUCCAUUGGAUUUGUUUUCUUUGAGGAUUACGUGAUCGCCUGAGUGGUGCUGCUGUGUCUCUGAGGUUUACUGGUCUUUGAGAGUGUACAGCCUUUCAAUAAUACAACAUUUUUAUUAUAAUUUUUUAACAAUAUGAAUUUAUAAGAUGAUUCAAAACAUCACAUACUGAUUAUAGAGAAAAAACAUCCUAUAGUUAGGACAUUACAACAUUACAGCAUUCUUUAGAGACUUAAGUACCACAGCACAGGGAUGACAAGGGGAAAAGAAGGGUGUGUGUAAGACCAUGCGGGUAGCAUUGCUUUCCAUUUGUUGUGAGUGGUAGCCCCCAGUCACACAUCUUCAGGUUUGGAAGUUGGAAAUAUAUUGUGGUCUAUGUUGCCCCCUAUAGGUUUAUUUGGUUCAAACACAGCACAAUCCCUUCAGAAUCUCCCUUUUAAUUAAGAAUUACACUUCGUAAACCAGACGGCUAUAAUUGCAGGUGUCAUUUGUAGUGUUUGUUGCCACAGAAAGAAUAUGCUAAUUUUCAAUGUCUUUUAAUUCAGCAUUUUAAUGACUAAAGUGUCAGACGGAUUGUGGAUUUCUUGUGUGUUUAUUUAUUUUUUUUUACAUAAAGAUGUAAAAGUGAGUAUACACAUUUAUUAACAGCAAAAAAAAAAAAUUGCACUGUAUUACUUCUCCCAAAGCUUUGACCCUCUUUAUACAGUGCUCUGAAAAAUCAUCUCCCCCAAAUGUGGUACAACUGGUUAUCAGGCGUUUUCCUACACCAGGCCUGGCAAGUUUGGCAACAUUAACAUUUUCACAUUAAUAAAUGAAAAACUGGAUUUUGUAUUUUUUCAAGUUACCUCUAAU